AUCGCCUCCCCCCCCCCCCCACCCGUUAUCCCCCAAAACACUAUAUAAAUGUUGAAGAUGUCGUUCUCGAAGGCGAAGCUGAAGAGAUUCAACGAUGUGCCAGCCGUUUCGUCUCCUUCAGCGUUCGCUGAGCCGAAAGAGAAGGAGCUCCCGAAGAAGUCAAAAAAGGAGGACAAAAUCAAGAUCGGUGGCAGCAUGGACGCGGAGUCGAUCAAGACGACCAAAAGCGCCCUCAGCCUGUUCCGGACGCCCUCGCUGCCCCGUCGCCUAAAGUUCAAGCACAUCUCCGACCUGACGCCGAAGAAGUCCUCCGCCAAGGAGGAAAAGCUGAGCCGUCUCGCGGAGUGUGGCAGCUCGGAAAAGGCACUGGAAGUGCAUUCCGCCAGCAAAGUUCCACCGAUCGUGCAGCUCUACAACAAGAUCGACGUUAACAAGGAAGCGCUCGCCAAAGCGCGCGAAGAAAAUGAGCAGCUGCAGGCGAAGAUGCAAGAGCUGCGGGCGGAGCAUCAGCGGGCCGAGCUCGAUCGGAUGAGUUUGAUUGCGGAAAAGGACAACCAGAUCAUGCUGCUGGAGCGUGAGCUUACGAGCAUUGCGAAAGCGGACGAACUGCUGCAGCACAUUGCGGAGGGCUGUCUAGAGAAGGUGAAGGAGUACGAGGGCGAGAUCCGGGAGCUGCAUCGCAGCUACGAGCGGCAGCUGUGCGACAUGCACGACUCCAAGACGGAGCUGGAAAUCCGGUACGAGGAGCUGCUGGUGGUGCACCGGAUGCUGCAGAACGAUUACGAGGUGAUUGAGGGUGAGAACCACUUCCUGAACGAGGAGCUGGUGGCACUGCGCGAGAUUCUCGAGGCGCACGAUGUGGAGCUGCAGCGCAAGUCGGACGAAAUUAAGCUGAUGGAGGAUGGGCUGAAUGAGCUGGUGAUCGAGGGACGGGAUCUGAAGGAGCAGGUGCGCUAUUUGAAGGCACAGGCCGAGGAGGAUAUGGUGCGGUACGUGGAGGAGGGCCGCAACACGAUCCGCGAGAUCGAUCAGCUGCGGCAGGAGAACGCCCGGUUGCUGACGAAGCUGGCGGAGCAGGUCGCGAUCGUGGCGGGCAUGCAGGAGGAGCUGAACGAGCGCCAGUUCGAGAUGGACGAUCUGCGCAGCGACAUCCGGAACGAGUUCAACCAGGAGCUGACGGCGCUGUGCAAGAAGCACGAGGCGCAGCUCGCCACCAUGGCCGAGCUGAACGAGAUGAAGAUCAAGGAGUGCGAGUCGAUCUUCGUGCUGGAAAAGUCGAAGCUGGUGAAGGAACACUCCGACCGGGUGAAGCGGCUCGAGCAGGAGCAGCAGCGCGAGCUGGAGCGGAUCGGCGAGCAGGCGGAGGAGAAGAUCCGCAUCGCGGACAUCCAGAACGAGGAGCGCGUGAAGGCGCUGGAGCUGUCGAUCCAGAGCUCGAUCUCGGCGGCGCUGGCCGCCGAGAAGCUGCACUGGCAGAAGGAGCUGGACAAGUGUCAGAAGAUUGCGGAAACGGAGAUCAUGCAGUGCGAGUUCGAGAAGCGCGACCUGCGCACCCUCUGGGAGGCAUCGAACGAGGUGAUCAAGGAGAACGAGAACAGGCUGGCGGAGCUGGAGCGCCGGCUGCAGGUGGAGCUCGAGCCGGGCGCAAAGUCGCGCGACGAGCUCGAGACGGAGGCGCGCGAUCUGGCCCUGGAGUGCUCGCGGCUCAAGACGGAGAAGUACAACUACCAGCUGACGCUGAACAACACCCGCUCGACGGUGAACAUCUUGAUGGAGCGGUUGAAAAAGUCGGACGGCGAUGUGGAGCUGCUGAAGGCGGAGCUGGAGCAGGUGCUGCGCAGCAAGGCGGAGAUCGAGUCGGCCAAUGGCAAGCUGCGCGAGGAGCUGGUCGAGUAUCAGCGUGUGCUGGGAGCGCUCCGGACCUCCUCGACCGCGCUGGAGAAGGAGAUGCGCGACAAGAACGAGGUGUUCGAGAAGCUGAUGAGCUCGGAGGAGGAAGCGAUACUGACGGUGUCGCAGAUCGGCAAGCUGUUCAGCGAGCGGAUGGAGGAAAGCAUGGGCCGCUAUCUGGAGAUGUACGAGGAGCUGAAGAAGAAGUACGAUGCGCGGGAAGCGUACAUCCAGGAUCUGAAGGCGCUGCUGGACGAGUUUGCGAACGGCAUCGAGCUGGCCCGCAUCGAGCUGGACACGAAGGACAAGAAGAUCUUCGAGCUCGAGAACGAGAACAAAAACAUCAAGCUGGAAAACAUGACGUUCCGGUUUAAGUGCGAACAGUUCGAGAAGUACAACCAGGCGGAGAGUCGGCUCGGUCAGUCGGAGCUGCCGGCGCACGGUGCUGGAGGGCCGGCGGUGGAGGAGGAGACGGUUGACGAUGAUGAACGGUUGGUGCCGAACUUUUUGAUCGAAAACAUCAUCAACCAGCUGGAGCAGCAGGAACAGCAGCAGCAGCAGCAGCAGCAGCAUCAGGGUGGAAUGUCGGAGAAGCAACCGCUUGGUACGAUCCACGAGAUGAUCGAGAGUGCAGGCGGUGAUCAGAAUGGAUCAGAAAUCAUCGAAAAGCUAAAGGAAACGGAAGAAAAGCUACGCAUUGUGGAAGAGUUUGCCAAAGAGACCUCGGACAAGUACACGGAGCUGCUGGAAAAUCAGAACAAUCGCCAGAAGAUGAAGAACCUGGAAUGCAAUAAGGAUCAACAGCAGCUCAAAGCGAAAAUUGCCAAACUGCAAGAGCUGAACAAGAAGCAGGAAAACACCAUCCAGAACCUUCAACAGCAACUGUCCACCUUCGAUUCACCCCAGAAGCUGAACGGUUCGAUCAAGUACCUGUCGGCAACGGCCAGCCCGAAGACGCCGAAGAAGCAGCUGAUCGUGUCACCGUUCCCCGGCAAGGAGAACCGCUCGCCGGCCCAGAUCGGUGUGUUCAGCCCACGGUCGAACGUGCUGCGGGCACGCAACAACUAAUUGUGAUCGGCCAACGGUUGUGCUGGUAUGGUUGGCACAAUGGUAUGAAACUGAGAUGGUCAGAGGUUUCCUUCCUCGUAACGGCGGCUGCGAGAUGCGAUGUAAACGAAGAUGUAAAUUUAAAAUUAUUUAUUUCCGCCCUACGCUCUUUCCGCAGUAAGAGCUCUUCCCAUUUCCCCUUUAAUCCUACUUGUGCUUCUCGAACCGUGGAUGGAAAGGAAACAUAGUGACCGAAAAACAGAUACAGACAUUCUUACACCCGAUACGUGUGAAGAAUAAAUCAGAAAAAUUUAGAAAAAAAAUAUUACAAAUUUCAUACUUUUGGCUUACGAAAUGAAAGAACAGAUAGCAUGUGAAAGUCAUGUAAUGUAGGAAUGUAAUAAAUAAAC